GCUCAAGCUGUGAUUUGGACCAGAGAGAUUUGUUUUCAGAGUGAACUCCGCCCUGCAGAGAUGACUACUGUAAAUGUCCAACACACGACUGCAGCAGGCCAGCAAAGAGUUUGUUUAAUUUGGAUAAAACAGCUUGGACCCGACUUUCGCUGCUCCUUUCCGGCGUGCUGACGUGCAAAAACGUGCGUUGAGCCCAACAAGCUAACUCAACGGCAACUCUAUGCAGGUGCUGUGGCCGAGAUGUGAGAGGGGGUCAUGCCUUUGGUCAAGAGAAACAUUCAGCCUCGCCACCUGUGCCACGGUGCAGUGCCUGAUCGGAUUGGCAACGAGCUGGAAUGCGUAACCAACAAUACGUUGUCCGCCAUCAUCCGCCAGCUCAGUAGUCUGAGCACACAUGCAGAAAAUGUUUUUGGGGAGCUUUUUAACGAGGCCAACACCUUUUAUGUUCGCGCCAACUCUCUCCAGGACCGCAUUGACCGCUUAGCCGUCAAGGUCACCCAGCUAGACUCCAACGUGGAGGAGGUCUCUCUUCAGGACAUAAACAUGAGGAAGGCAUUCAAAAGCUCUACUGUCCAGGACCAGCAGGUUUUGUCCAAAGACAGCACUCCGAACUCGGUGGCUGAGAUGUACAACAGCAGCGACAGGCCUCCUCCCCUCAGCACCCUCACUGGCUACAGAGAGGAUUCCACUGAUGCGAUGAAAUUCUACUCAGACCCGUCUUACUUUUUUGAGUUGUGGAAGGAGAAAAUGCUUCAGGACACAGAGGACAAGAGGAAAGAAAGGCGGAGGCAAAGGGAACAGAAGCGAUGUGUGGAAAGCAGCACCCUUCAGCGCGAGGUGAAGAAGGUGAGAAAGGCUCGAAACCGCAGGCAAGAGUGGAACAUGAUGGCAUUCGAUAAAGAACUUCGUCCAGAUCACCGCCAUCCGCAGAGUCUCCAACGAGGGGCAUCAUCUGAGGGCUCGCUCUCCCCCGACGGCAGGCCUGACCUCCCAGACUACCCCGUCCCUCCAUUGCCUGCCCACGCUGCUUGUAAUCAUGCCAAGUCACAAGAUUACGUGCCUGGGAACGCACACCCCUCACCACCUGUGGAGCAUGAAUACCACAGCAUUGAUGUCAACUACAAGAGAGUAACCUAUGCCACAGCAGAGCCUCAUGCUGCAGACCGAUUGAACGGUUCAAUACGUCCACCUGCAACUUACAACUCUCUUCCCCCACCUCCUUCCCCCGGCCCACCCAUACCAUCAGCCCAGACAGCCUUUGGUUUUCCUCUGGGUGCGCUCCCACCAACACCACAUAAUGGAGUUUUGCACAUAGGCCCAGGCUACCCUCUCCCAUCUGUACCUCCUCCAGGGCCGCACAUGUUCCCUCCUCCCCCAGGUCCCCCACCUCCACCUCUCCCUCCCCCAGCUGCACCCUCACACCUAGCGGGAUACAGUGAAGGUGGCAGAGCUGAGACUCGACCUGUGAGAGAUGCGAGAAGUGACCUGCUGUCUGCGAUCCGCAUGGGCAUCCAGCUGAAGAAAGUUCAAGAGCAGCAGGAGCAGCUGAACAAGCAGGAGCCGGUGGGGAACGACGUGGCCACCAUCCUGUCCCGGCGCAUUGCGGUGGAGUACAGUGACUCUGAUGACGACUCUGAGCUGGAGGAAAACGAGUGGUCAGACUAAACACAAAGUGUAGCACCUGGCUGAAGUUUUCCUUAAUUGGAUCAUCAGUGCAAAUAAACCAAAACGGUGAAUCCCUCUCUUUGGCUCCACCUAGUGGCCUCCACAUACCAAACCACUGCUGCCAGAGCUCCUUUACUUCAUCUUGUAUUAUUAAUGUGCUGCCACAUUUCAUGAGGAAACUGCAGGGGUGGACAGUUUGAACCAUUUUUUCUGAAACCGGUGAAUUUUCAGAUUCACAUUAAGAAGUGAUGGAUCGUCUGAUUAAAUUGUAUGACUACAUUUUUCAUUUUCUACCACUAAUGAAAUGGAAGCCAUUUGUUUUCUCACUUUGUCAAUCUAAACUGUGCGUUCUAAUAAAAUGUCCUCUCCUGAUAAACUGACACCUUGAACACACCAUACCCAUUGAUGAAAUGUGCAGUAGGCCCUAAAAUUGAUGUCCCAGUACUAGGCUUUUUUCACUGAAGACAUUUAAACAUGUUGCAGUAGGAAAACCCCAGGAAGGUCCAUAAAUAAUAAAAUGAUUGGCUGAAUUCCAUUUAGCUGCUUCAGUUUCAGUAUAAUGGUGCUGUGCAUGCUGGCUCAUUGUCACACUGUCAUGGCUCACUCCUGUAUCAUUAAAUAGGAUUAUUAUUAAGUCAAAAUGUCUGUUGUGGAAAAGGCCUAUUAUUUAUGAGUUAGUGCAACAAUUUGAAGUAAAACUUUGAAGGAUUUCAGUAUUUAUUUUCAUAAUUGUGAAAUAACACAACCCUAAUAAUAUUUUUUAGUAAAUAUACCCCUUCCUAUAUUAUGUGAAUGUUUGAAAAGUAAUUCCAUUCAAUAUGUGGUAAUGCUACCUCAAUAUCUGACGACCCCACUACCCCACGGUAUGUUUAGUAGGGUACCAAUCUGAAAACAGUUUGCUCUGCCAAUAAAUAAUUAUUUGUCUGUAUUAGCUAGACAAUCAUGUUGUGAUUCUGUAGUAGCUAUGUUGUGACCAUAGUAGCUAUAUUUAUAGUUUAUAUUUAUUUAUAGUAUAACCUAAAUAGUAUAAUAAAUUAUACUUGUAUUUUAGUUCAUGUGCAGAUGUGCAGCUUUACAUCACAGACAGUUUUAUUAUCUUGUAGCUGUUGUGCAUUUUUCAAUUAGUUAUUUAUCGCAGUCGUAGCAGAUUAUCCCAUAAAUGAUGCCACUCAAUGACCGAAUAAAAUUAAGUAUAAAAUCA